GCGCUAGAUAAGCGGCCGUUCUCGAACCAACCCCGCCUACUCCAGCUCCAGUCCGUCCAUCCGAUGCCUCCGACUACGAUGGCUUCCACCUCGCUCUUCCUCCCCACCACCGCCGGCGCGGCCACCGCUCGCCGCCACCCCUUCUCCAGCCUCCGCACCACCCACUAUCAGGUGCCCAGCACACGCCUCCACCGCGCACCCCGGCUCGUCGUCGUCUCCGCUGCGGCCUCACCGGCCUCGCCCGCGUCGUCGCUCGACGCGCUCAUCUUCGACUGCGACGGCGUCAUACUGGAGUCCGAGAACCUCCACCGGCAGGCCUACAACGACGCGUUCGCGCACUUCGGGGUGCGCUGCCCGCCGGCCUCCGCCGACCCGCUGUACUGGGACGAGGCCUUCUACGACGAGCUACAGAACCGCAUCGGCGGCGGGAAGCCCAAGAUGCGGUGGUACUUUGGGGAAAUUGGGUGGCCUUCUUCAAAGAUUUUUGAGACGCCACCUUCAACUGACUCUGAUAAGGAGAAGUUGGUCGACAUAAUUCAGGACUGGAAAACAGAGAGAUACAAAGAAACAAUAAAGUCUGGAACUGUGGAGCCUAGACCUGGUGUUUUGCGGCUGAUGGAUGAAGUAAAGGGUGCGGGUAUCAAGCUUGCUGUUUGCUCUGCAGCAACUAAAAGUUCUGUGAUAAUGUGCCUUGAAAACCUUAUUGGGCUUGAGAGAUUUAAUGGCCUGGAUUGCUUCCUCGCUGGCGAUGAUGUUAAACUAAAGAAGCCUGAUCCAACAAUAUAUAUUACAGCAGCAGAGAAAUUAGGUGUAGAAAGCAAGAACUGCCUUGUGGUGGAGGACAGUGUUAUUGGAUUACUAGCGGCAAAAGGAGCAGGGAUGUCAUGUAUAAUAACAUAUACACCUUCAACUGCUAGCCAAGAUUUCACGGAUGCAAUUGCUACCUAUCCUGACCUGAGUAACGUGAGGCUUGAGGAACUCAAGCUGUUACUCCAGAAAACUCUUGUUACUGGAUAGUAAAACGUUUUGUUUUCCUCAAGAGAUACAUUGACAUUUUUUUUUAUGCACGAUGUCAUUCCCUGGUGGAACAGCAGGUGAAUCCAAGCAGGCAUCUUGUUGAAUAGUUGGUGUUGGAUGUAGGAACCCAUGCUUGGUUCCUCAGAUAUGUCAUCUGAUACUUCAAACCCUGUCCGUCCGCGUUUGCUGGUUGCGUGCAUAGGAUGAUUAAUGUAAUCAGCAAGCCGUCAAAUAGUGAGUUGCAAUUGUUGAAACUUUUGUUGUCGAAUGAAAUAAAAUUGUCAAAAUAUAUCGUUGUAUUGAAAAAGAUAAAAUGUUUCCCGCACACAUCAAAAGUGAUAGAACCUACUCUCUUUAUUAGCUGACUA